GGAAGAUUAUAUUUCGUGAAUGCCUCCAGCAUUCACAAAAUAUAUUCUUCUUCAAUUUCCUUCAACUGCACUUUUUCACCUAUUCCAUUCACAUUAUAAAAUGUAAGGCUUGAAUUGGAACCGACGGCUUCUACUUAAAAAUAAAAUACAGGGGUUCAAGGCUAACAUUUUCAACUGGUGGCACUUUUGGCACUCACUUUUGAAUUUGGCGGCACCCUAACAUAUUUGGUUGCACCCUUUACAUUAGAUGUGAAGACUACUGUUACUUAUCAUACUGAUAAGUCUGCCCAUCAUACUAUUAGCACUAUAAUUUAUCAUUCUAUCUCAACUACUGGGAUUUAUGAUAUUAAUCCUACAUCGUCUACCUGUAAUACCAAUACUUCAACAUACUGUUAGACCUAUGAUCAAACUAUCACUUUUUUAACCAUUUUACGUUAAAAAGAUGUUUAUAAUAUGCUUACUCCAUUUAGACUUCAUCUUUUGAUAUGUUUGCUCCUCUGUUCUUCUCAAGGUCAAACGAUUCAUUAAGAAGGUAUUCAAUUUGGCAAUUACAGUACACAUGAUUUCCAUAAUACAAACUAAAUUAAGAAGCUUACUAAUUUAACCCCUAACGCUAACUUUUAAAGUGAUUUAUUGAAAUACUAGCUGUCGGUCCCAGUUUUGUAUAAGUGUAUGGAUGGGAUUGAUGGAUCGAUUUUUGGAUGGGUGGAGAGAAUAAUAGAUUGACAGGUCGAUCGAUAUAUUGAUAGAUAGCUAGAUAAAUAGAUAGUAGUCUGUCAUCCCUUCAACAAGUCCCUCCUUGAACCUCAACUCACGCUAGCAUCUUGUAGGGAAACAUGCAAAUCCCUGCAAAUUUAUGAGCAUUGCUUUGUUUAGCAAGCAGAAUGUUCUGAGAGUAAAAGCUCAGACAUGUGUUAUGCAGUCAGCCAUUCUACAACACGUCCAAGGAUCGGAAUUUAUUAAUAACAAGCUGAUAGAAGGCAAAUUCCUCACAAACAGGUAGAACCAACACCUUUGGUAACCAAACAAAAUGGUUAUUAAUUAUUAAUGGAUUACAUAUAUAGUGAUAUAAUUUAUAUCUAGAUUUGUGCGAUGGUAGUGCAUGUACAGGCCAUUGCAGUCAAUUGCUAUGCUCAAUGUGCAACAUAUAAACUUUGUUAAAUGACAGAGCAACUAAAGUGUUUUCAUGCUGUGUUUUCAGGUUACAGGAUGUGGAAGAACAUACUGCUCUUUCUUAGCCUUUCAGGGCUCGUGGGACACCAUGCGUCUCCCAUCACCAAACUCUACCACUUUGUGGAUCAGAAGAUGACCUGGACUGAUGCUCAGCGUCACUGUAGGGAGCACUUUGAUGACCUGGCCACUGUAGACAACCCGGAAGAACUCAAGGAGCUACAAGAGUCAAGAAUCUGGUCUGAUUAUGACAUUGGCAGAAUCUGGAUCGGACUUUAUGAUGACGUUACCAGAUGGCAGUGGUCCCACGGCAACCAAAUCUACAGAGUGGGCCAACACUAUGGCAAUUGGCGGGAAGAUCAACCAAACAACGGUGGCGCAGGUCAAAACUGUAUCCGGAUUGAAACUACAGAUUUGCUGAAUGAUGUGCCCUGCAACUGGGAAGAAUAUGCAUUAUGCUUUGACGAUGAAGGCAACUAUGUCUACGUCAAAGAAAAAAUGACUUGGUCCAAGGCGAGGGAUCACUGCAAGUCUAACUAUAUGGAUUUGGCCAGUUUGAGAAACGCUACUGAGAACGGCAAAAUUGUUGCAAUGGUUAACAGUGGUGCAUGGAUUGGGCUCCACAGAUAUCCAUAUUCCCACUGGUCUGAUGGUAGCAGAGCCACUUACACGAAUUGGAUAACUGGCGAGCCAAACAACAUUCAAAACAAGGAACAUUGUGUCUAUAUGAGCGUUACCUCUGGGUAUUUUUUUGAUUUUGAAUGUGGCAGCUUGUAUGGGUUCGCCUGCCAGGAACAGCAGAAACAACGCUCAACUUUCAAGUUGAAGAUCAGCUCUGAAGCCGACAUGACGGAUCCAGAGGUUCAACACCAGUUUGUGGAACAGCUCUCCGCCAAACUGGCCAAGGAAGGCGUGACCGGCGUUAAGCUCCGUUGGGUUCUGAAGGACGGACAGGACCAGCAGAGUCAGAAAUGAGGAGCUCUUAGCUGUGAUUGUGUCUGCAAUAAUCUCUGUGUUCUUGAGUAUGUGUUCUUAUGUAGUUACAGAAAGGUAUUGUUGCAUUUUUCGAUCCUUAACAUAGUGCAGGCUGCAAGGUAAAGGUAAAACAGAAAUACAGAGUGCACAGUGAUAACAAGGUAGGUUGAAAGGACAGCCAUUCAAAUCACUAAUCUAAAUAAAUGAAUAACAUUUUCCUAAGAGUGAAUAAUUUAGGAAAAUGAAUAACAUUUUCCUAUCUCCAAAAGACACAAUUACAUCAUCAUUGUCUGGUCUCGUAAAGCAGCAGCACUGGAGUAAUUCACAAUUGAAAAUACACAAUACAGUAUAUAAAGCAAGUGAAAAAGAAAUAAAAUAAAACUAAAACUAAUUAAAAAUGUAUAAAAAGAUGAACAUAUAGUUUUAAUUCACAUCCACCUUACAUUUGCUAGUACAACUAAGAGGAAAUACCCAAAUGCAUUUGGAGGCACUAAUAAACAAAUUAAAAAAAAACUCCUACAGGGGAUUAAUAAAGUUGUAUCUAAUCUAAACAAUUACUUGACAAAAGUGACAGCAACCCUCGAAAAUA